AUGGCUGAGAUCAAUGGUAAGGUCGUGAGCCAACUUCAGAGGAUUCGAGGCCCACGAUUUGGUCCCCGUGGACCGUCUGUCGUGGAACAUAGGGUGCAGAUUAAUCCUCAAGAAAUACGGCCCAGUGGGCAACACGGUCAGGUGUCGAUACCACUAAUUCCGUCUAUUUCACAUGGGUUUCAGUAUACAUAUAGUCUGCCGCCCCUAGACUACGAUCACAGGCUCAUUGCUGCAAUGGGAGCUCGAUUCGUUUCGGAAGUAUUUGGGGUAGACACCUGCCCUAGAAUAGUCUAUAAUUAUAAUCCUACCAUUGAAGAGUUUAUGAGCGACGCAAUUUCCGCUGCACGCACAGAGCAUUCGGUUGCUAUAUAUGCAUUCGCUCUACUCAGCCGUCUUAACACGUAUGUGGAUGAGCAUGCGUAUGGCACAUUUGGGUUAUUCAUCACUGCCUAUAUGAUCGCAUCCAAGAUGCUCCGGGAUAACUCUUACACCAACACGAACUGGUGCUCCUUUGGGAAAUGGGUGUUUACCUUGCAAGAGUUAAACCGGAUGGAACGCGCUAUGUGCGCCAACUUGAAGUGGAAUCUCAGCAUUGAUGCUGCGGAGUUCGUAGGCUUUCAAGCAAUGCUAUACAAGAAUUAUCGGGUUCAGUCUCAAGGACACAAUGGUCACCCACCUUCCUUCUAUCCAAUAAGUUCAUGUGGAUACAGUGAGAGGGCCUUGGUAUCGGUCAAUUUCGACGCGACCAACUACGAGAGUACAGGGGAAGAUCGUGACACCGAGGAUGAAUUAAAGAAGAAGGCCGACGUUUUAAAAAUGCCCCAGAUAUUGUGUUUGUUCUCUUCUAACUUAUUUGGUCAACUCAAGGCUCAGUGA